UAUCUUUUUAAUUGAACGAGUAUCUUAGCGGGGGAGGGGGGGGGGGGGUCUAGCAUUAUAUUUUGGGAACCAAUUAAUUUUUCAUAGUAUUGUAUUUUUAGAAUUCUACCAGCAGGCGACAGCGCUGUUCUUGACGUCGUUUAUUUCCUGCCUAUGGUGGCCUUGUGCGCCCCCAGUGACGUCAUAAAUCUCCUCAACACGCUAUAGACGACUUUUGACAAUAUCACGAAGAUUCACACUUUAAUAAUGGUCGACUUUUCUGUCGAGUCUGUCGGGGACGCCUAUCUGGCCGUUGCCGGCGUCGGCAUCAGUGAGAAGAGGGAGCAGCAUGUGGAGAGGGUCGCCAUAACCGCUCGGAACCUAACCUCGCCCCUGUAUGGUGAAUCUAUCCAGUCAGUAGCAGACCGGUUACCGGUGACAGCGGAUCCGGACCGCUGCAGACGAAGUAACUUCCGAUCCAAUCGUAAAUGGACAACGCCACACGGUCCAAAGGCUUAUAAGUGUGCGUUGACAAUGUUCGGAAAUACAUUAACCGGUAUUCGAGGUUCUUGUUACCAGGGUAAAAGUAUGCAGCUAACCCUCACUUUUUCGAACACAAUAUAGACGUAAAGAUGUCUUAAAAUUGCUCGACCAUAGACAAAUGUAUUUAAUUGCGUUGGUGGUUUUCUUUUAUUUCAUAUUUAACUUGAUAUUUUUGUUGUGUUUUGUUUUCAUAUCAGUAUUAAAGCCCCGUUCCCAAACAUGCAAUAACUAGGAAAUUGCUUCUUAAAACAAAUCAAAAUUUAUCAAAGUCGGUAAAAUAAUAAAAUAAUAACGAUUUGGUAAACAAUAAUAGUUUAUUUGCACGCAAAAGAUGCCAUUGGUGAAAACCGUGUCAUUAUAUUUCUUUCUUGUGCACAAGGCUCUUACGAACAUAAACAUUAUGAAACGCAUUUCUUACAAACAAAUCAGAUUUAUUGAAAUACUGAACUUGUUCAGUAGAGAACCAGAAUUUAUAUGGUUGUAUGUAACCUUGAUCGAUUGAGAAAUGUGCAAAAUUCGAUCAAGCAUGAUGGCGAAUAAACGAAAUCGCACA